AUGGGGAUAUUGGUAUUGCAUCCCAAAGACGAGAAGGAUCUCGAAACGAAUUUGUCACUUAAUCUCGAUAUUAUAGCGAUACAUGGCCUCAACGGCGAUCGCGAGCAUACAUGGACAGAACCUAAAAGCCAUAAACUAUGGCUACGGGACUUCCUGCCGAACGACUUGCCUCGGGCCCGGGUGAUGGUUUUUGGGUAUGAUGCGAAGCCGAUAUUUGCGAAUAGCACGGCGGGGAUUGUGGAGCAUGCGAGGGAUUUGUUGAGGUGUCUGGUGGAGAUGAGGGAGGGGAGGGACGAAAUCAAACGGCCCCUAAUUUUCAUCGGACAUUCUCUCGGCGGACUCGUUAUCAAACAGGCACUCAUAAUCGCCGAACAGGAGCGCCGCUACUACAAACACAUAUACCAGAGCACCAGCGGCGUCAUUUUCUUCGGCACACCGCACCAAGGAAGCAGCAUGGCUGACGUAGGAACGACCGUUGCGCGAAUAGCAUCAACGAUCACGCAUAAACCCGAUCCAGAAUUGCUGCAGAGUUUGAAGAAGGGAAAUCAUAUACUGGAGACUUUGACUGAAAAGUUUAGAGAGCACCAUAAAGCAAAACCGUAUGAUAUUGUGAGCUUUUAUGAGACGAGGGCGAUGAGGGGUUUCAAGACUUUGAUCGUUGAGAUUGCUUCAGCGCUACUGACGCCGCCGGGCGAGACGCCCACGUACGAGGAGCAGAUUCCAGUGAAUGCUACACAUAGAGACAUGUGUCGCUUCUCGUCGAAUAAGGAUAAGACUUACAAGACUGCUGUGAGAUGUAUCAAGAAGAUAUUCAGGGGGAGUGUGACGAUGAAUAUUGAUGUGAAGAACGAAUUUUACAUUGUGCCGCACACUGUGAAUCCUCACUUUACUGGAAGAACUGAUAUCCGUCAGCAAUUGAACGAGGGUUUGAUUGAGGACGUAUAUGGAAGUUCGAGAGCUCAGCAGAGGUUUGUCUUAUAUGGCUUGGGCGGCUCCGGAAAGACCCAGAUGUGCUUGAAAUUUAUACAGGAUCAUCGAGACAAGUUUUGGGGUAUUUUCUGGAUAGAUGCAAGCAGCAACGAGAUGGCAGAGGAGGGCUUCAAGAACAUUGCUCAAACUUGCAAAAAGGAAGCGCGAAUAGAGUCUGUGAAACAAUGGCUCUCGAACAAAGAGCACUGGCUUCUCAUCAUCGACAAUGCGGAUGAUCCUAACUUGGACAUAUCAGAGUUCUUUCCGCUGGGGACGAAAGGGACAGUGCUCAUAACGACUCGCAAUCCGGACUUCCAGAAGUAUGGCUCUGCUGGUUCGUGUAGUGUUGAGCAAAUGUGCUCCGAAGAUGCCACCACGCUACUUCUGAAAACUGCUGCCAUACAGAAAUUCUCAGAGAAGGAAAGGGAAUCAGCGGAGCAAAUUGUCAAGUCACUUGGGUAUCUCGCACUUGCAAUCAUCCAAGCUGGUGCAGUGAUUCGUCAACGUCUAGCAAGUCUCGAAGGUUUCUGCGAGGUGUACUCGAAACGGAAGAAAGAGUUAUUAGAAUCAGGUCGCUCCCAAUCGAGUAUCGAAUAUCAGCAUUCGGUCUAUACCACUUGGGAGAUCUCGAUCAAAAUGAUCGAGGAGAUGAAAGACAAUCAUGCAGUGCUUGCUCUCGAGCUUCUGCGGCUUUUUGCCUUUAUGCAUUUUGAUGGCAUCACGGAGGGAAUUUUUGAAGCAGCGCGGAGUAGUUACCUAGCGCUGGCCAAGUCGACACUUUUUGCGCAAUCUUUGUUGGUGCAAGUGAUGCCUUCAGGAUGGGACCCGUUAGUCAUGAGCCAUGCUCUUCGGAUUCUGGUGUCGUUUUCUCUCAUCACUAUUGAUGAAGGACGUCGCAUCUCCAUGCACCCGCUAGUGCACGAAUUCUCCAGGAGUCGAUUGUCAGAACAAGAACGAACCCGAGCGUGGGAGACAGCGCUCGUAACGAUAGCUGAGGCAGCUACUUUUCAUAAUACUUAUGCAGCCAUCCAACAGAGAAAGAGCUUACUGCCGCACAUCGACGCCUGUGUAGCACAUAGCGAGGAACAGAUAUUCGCUCCUGGGGCAUUCCUCCCAUGUCGGAUAUUAUCAGCUUUAAAGUUCUCGAUGGCAUUUGGGGAAAACUACCGUGCUAAUGCUAUACAAUUUUCAUCGCGAUGUCUGGAGCUUAUAGAGAUGAUGUUUCCUGCCGAUGUCAAUUAUCAAAUCCACGCCAUGUAUCAGGUCGCGCAUGAUCUUGGAAAUAUUGGGAGGAGCGAGGAAUGCACUAAGAUGUGGCAAAGGAUACUAGAAAUGGAGCGAAUGCGGGGUUAUCCAAGAGGCAUAGCGCAUGCCAUGAUCAGAGUCGCAGGGCAGUACACCAUUUCCGGCAAGCAUCAGGAAGCCAUCGAUAUGUGUAAUGACGCUGUUAAAGAUUUUCAAUCAGUUUUCGGCGAAGAUGAUGUGAUUAAGCAGGAAGCGUUGGACAAAGUAGCGCAAGCCAACUGGGCAAUGGAGAGGCCAAAGAGUGCCAUGAGAUCCUUCGAAAAGCUUCUAGAAAUUCGCAGAAGAACUUUCGGAGAGCAGAGCUACGAGUCAUUACAGGUGAUGAAAGACCUGUCUGAAGUGUACCUCCAGCUGAAGCAACGCAAAAAGGCAAAGGUGAUGCAGAAAGAGUAUGUGGACUUACUAACAACUCUACUUGGAGUUGAUGACCUGCGGACAAUAGAUGCAAGAGCAAGGUCGGAAGAUUUCCAUACGGCAUUAUAUCCGUUCGCGGUACUUAACUCCGAGCCGAGAAGGAUCAAAAACAUUAUAUUAAUCAAGCAAAAACUUCAAGAAUCUGGAUAUGUGCAAGGCGCCGGCAAUAUCAGUGUAGAGACGCUUGAUUUGAUGGCCCAGCUUGCGUUGGAAUACGCGAGCUGCAGGGGACUGGAGAAAGCAAGGAUUUUGCAAGAAGAAGUUGUGAGAUUGUCCAUUGAGAUGUGGGGGAAAGACUCUCCUUCCGUGGCGGAUGGGGCAGCUAGUCUAAAGAGAAUACGCAUGUUAAUUGUAAUGUGGAAAGCGAUGUACUGGUGGGUGCCUAAGUCUAUACUCGAUAAAUAUGUAUUGCAAGUCUGA